AUGAAGGUUGAGGUCGACACAUUUUCUGGCGCCAAGAUCUACCCCGGUCGCGGUAAGCUCUUUGUUCGCGGUGACUCCAAGGUCUUCCGUUUCUUCUCGUCCAAGUCCGCUUCCCUGUUCGGCCAGCGCAAGAAUCCCCGGCGGAUCGCUUGGACCGUUCUGUACCGCCGCCACCACAAGAAGGGCACUAUUGAGGAGGUCUCUCGUCGCCGUACUCGCAAGACCGUUAAGAACCAGCGUGCCAUUGUUGGUGCUACCCUUGAGUCUAUCAAGGAGCGCCGCAGCUUGAAGCCCGAUGUCCGCAAGGCCGAGCGUGAGAAGGCCGUUGCCAAAGCCAAGGAGCAGAAGAAGGCCCGUGAGGAGAAGCGUAAGCUCGCCCGCGCCAACGCCCCCAAGGUUUCCAAGCAGCAGGCUAAGGGUGCUCCUGCCCGUGUUGCUCCCACCUCUCGUUAG